AUUUACUUUCCCAGACCGCAAUCAAAGAAAAAGGAAAAGAAAAGACAAAAAAAAGAAAGUUCAUUUUGCAGCGAUAUUAUCUGAAAUUAACGAGUUUGAUUAAUGAUUUACGACUGAAAAUUAACCAUAAGUUCCGUGUUAGAAUUCCCUCACUUUCCUUUGUCACGAUAAAAGGGUUUCAGAAGUUGUUGGUUGCAUUUGCAGACCUCUCUUCCAUGGCGCCGUUCUAUGCACGGGAAGAAUAUUGGUUGUUUUAUGAUGUGAAGAGUAGACUCAGAGAUGUAGUGUUAUGAUUUUAUGAAUCAAACCAAGAAUGUCAGAAACUCAGAAUCAGAGACUGCUAUGGGAGCUCAACUCAAGUAAUCAAGUUUGUUCCAUGCGUCUUCUGCUGAUUUCUCAGAAUUACGCUUAUGCAUUGUGAUUUAAUCCCUUUGGAACUCCAACUCACCUCUAUUUUUUAGCUUUGUAAUUCAAAAUUGCACUAAAAUUUUCAUCUUCUUCAAACCAGACAAUCACCAUCUAGUGGAGUAUUCAAACCUGUUGCAUCAUUAUUUGCUUGUAGUCUAUAAGAAACAUCUGUUCCCAUAUGUUAUUGGAUGGGAAAUGCGUCUUUUGAAUUCUCAGUUAUUUUAAGUUGAUAUGAUGGAAAGUAAUAAGGGGCAAGUUCAACCCAGUGAUCCUGAAACGAAAGAUGCGAAGUUGCCUUCAAGUGGCAAGGGAGAAGCAUUAAAGAGCUCCCCCACAUUGGACAAAGAGAUUGAUAAGGAAGGAUAUUUGGAACUUUGUCGAGUGUGCCAAUGUGCAGAACCUGACCAAAGAGGGACUGCUGCCCUGGGGUUUUUGAAUAUCACUCCUCCAUCAAUGGAUGUGGCUCAAAGCAAUGACAAGGGUUCAGAUGAGAAAGAAGUCGAUGAUGAUCUCCAAAAGGAUGUCGUCCAGAUGGUAAUUCGGGAUAAGGGAUCAAAUUUGGUGGAGUUCAGAGGUCCUGAUGGGGAGAUAUUUAUAUGUGGUACUGAUGUAGAGGCAGGAUCUUACCACCAUCAAGAUGCUCUUAUAAGUUUAGGAUGUUCUUGCAAGAAUGAUCUUGCUCUUGCACAUUAUGCUUGUGCUUUGAAGUGGUUCAUUAGUCAUGGAUCGACUGUUUGUGAGAUCUGUGCCAGCGUAGCCAAAAAUGUCAGGUCUAGUGACUUUAACAAAGUCAUGGCAUCCCUUAAGGAUUGUGAGAGGUUAAGGGAAAGGACUGCAGCAGGAGAAGUCACUCCUGCAAAUGUGCCAGCUAAUGUGAGAGUGGAUCCUGAUGCUGUUGCUGCAAUUCGAAGGCAAAGGCUUACUGAAAUUUCAAUGUGGUUUAAUCCUCAAAACAAUUCAGCACAAAUGUCUGUUGGAAUCACUGAGCAGAACUCCUCGGUUCCUGCUGAGAAUCCUACCCCAAUUGAAAAUUCCACAGCUAAAUGGGCAGUUGAAGGUACUGCCAUACUUCUUGCGACUGGGCUUCUCACUAUCACUCUCGCAUGGUUGAUUGCCCCUCAUGUUGGAAAGAAAACAGCAAAGAGUGGUCUUCACAUUCUUCUUGGUGGGCUUUGUGCACUGACAGUUAGUGUUUUCUUCCGUUUUGGAAAGUGUGUACUACUACUUAUUCAGAGCUCUAUUCAACAGACAUUAAGGGGCCAUUUGGGAAACUGUCCGUAUUCAGUGUUCCUGUUGAAUUUCUUUGCAUAGAAAUAAGCAGUUUUUUCUUCAUCCCAAACACUUCAGAUUUUUAGACUGAGAUUGCCCGAGAUCUAAAGAACAAUUGGGGCAUGUCUGGCUGAAAAUGAAAAUGAAGCUAGAAAUGUAGAUAUCCAUCUCAUCAUCCACAUUUAAAUUUAAUCAAAGGUUGAGGGUAGUUCCAGUGCCAUUUUACCUGAAUAGUGAGCCCCUAUUGAAACCUUCUGAAAUUUUGGAAAACUCCGAAAGUCACUGAUAAUCUACCUCUUUCUUUGCAAACUCCACCUCCCUCUCCUCCUUCCCUCUCUAAAACCUUUGUCUCCCUCUAAAGGAGGGAGAAAUAAUAAAAGCCAGUGGUAUCAAGGAAAUUUUCUCGAUCCAAAAUGUAUCAUUCAUCCAAAAUCAAUCAUUCAUCCAAAAUCAAUCAUUCUUCACAUUACAUUGAAAUCCAUUACACGAUUUCCCCUACUCAGAAAAGUUCAGUAGAAAUACAGGGAAUAAAAAUUGACUACAACAUUUCCAUUUCAUAGUGUAAGGCUCUCUGUGAGCCUUUAUUCUCAACAGGUAGCCACCUGGAAGUUGGUCUUUGCUCUGGCAUUUUUGGCCCUGUUCUUGAGGUUUAAUUUCUUGGGGCUCCCUGAUGUUACUUGGAUUAUGUGCAUGUCUACUCUCGUCAAGUAGGUAAGUCUCAGUUCUUGAUAGUUUUCAUGAGCGCUUUGAUUCCAUUCUGUUUUUUUUCCUCAGCUUAGCAUUUUUUUUUUGGGGGGGGGAUUCUGGUUUAAUUCAGGGGUUAUGAUGGGAUUUUUGUUUCCUGGUUGGGCUAAAAUUCGAUAUUUGUGGGGGAUUAGGGUUUGGAUAAACGAUCCGCUCAAUAUUGAGGAAUAAUGAUUUAUGGAUGGUUUUAUGUGGUGAAUUGAGGUUGGUUCUUUGUUGUUUUGUGAUUCUCUCUCACUCUAAAACCCCUUCUUUUACUAAACUCAGUCCAUUGAUUAGCAAAAUAUUCAGGUUAUCUGCAUCUCUGUCUUCCCUCUACCUCUCUCCUCUCUCUCUGUGUGAUGGUUCUCUAUGUGAUGGUUUUGCCAGGCCAUGGUUGUCUCUCUGCCUUCUCUCUUCCUCUCUCCUAUCUCUGUGUGUAGGUUUUACCCUGCUAUGGUUGCACUGCAUGUCUCUCUGCCUAUUCCUCUCUCCUCUAUUACUGUGUGGGUUUUGGUGGACCAUGGAUGGAGUGUUAGAAAUAGAGGGUAAGAGCACUUUUUUAUCAUCUGUGGUUUGGCCCUGUGACCACAAAUGAUUAUUUAGCUCACAUGGGUAUCCACACAUUCCCUAAAUGGUCAAAUUACCUCUUUUUUAUUUUUUUAUUUUUAUUUAUUUUAAACCGUGGUUUGAUCUUCUAAACAAUGAAGUGGUAUCCAAACAUGCCAUUGACAAUUUUCGAAAAAACAGAAUGAUUGAGAAGUUGGAUUGUGGAAAAUCUGUAGGAGAUAUGACCUGGUUCGCUGUGGGCUCUUUCUCGAUUCUCUUUAAAAUAUUAUUUCUAUCUGAUUUUUAACUCUUUACAUAAAAAAACUCUCAGGGACUUCUGCUUCUAGAGGGAGAUCUUAGGCCUUAGAAUGAUAUCUUUGAUAUUAGUUAGUUGGUGAGAGUGUGUGUGUGUGUGUGUUUUCUGGUGUAUUGGAAGCUAUGAUGUUGUCAAGAGGCACACUCUUUAUUUGGUUUUCUCAACAAGACCUCUCUCAGUUUUGCAAAGUUUUAUUGUUUUCUCUCUCUAAAUUUCAUAUGCCUUGUCAUUAGCUAACAUCAUCCACUCUAACUUCAAGUUUAGAGAGAGAGAGGAGGGGGGGAGGAGAGAGAGAGAGGGAGAUCUAUUUAGCGUCUUGAUUUUGGAGACUGCUACUAGAUGUAAUAAUGUUUCACCCGCAUGUCCAUUUGGGUGAUCCAAAGCUGUUUGUGAAGAGCUUUCAUUGAACUAAAAGUACUAUUUCUAUGAUUCUUUCCUAACAUGCGUGUUUUAGGCUUCAAAUAUUUAUCAUAAUCCUAGGGAUGAAAUUAAUGAUGAAAUUAUGGGAUUAAUUAGAGUUUUGAUUCUAAAACUCUUUAGUCCUUCCUAAAUCCUAACGCAGUAGUUGUGAGCUUCCUUAAGCUUUGGUUUCCUAUGUUGAAUGUGUUUUGUUUUUUUUUUGGAUGUAAUUGGAGUUUCAUUCUGUAACAGGAGUCUUACUUUUAGUAGACUACGAUAGCUUAAGAAUUGGGAGUUUAAAUACUUGUAUGGGGCCUAUGGUGUGACAAUGAUUAGUGGAAUAAAAUUAACUUC